UUCUCUCUUCUUUGUUCUUCUCCGGUUUUCAAAAAACCAUCUUUAAUUCUUCCUUCUUUUUCCAAUUUUUCUCCUUUGGAUUUUGGCUCUACCUUCAUUUUUAAUAUCCUGCCUCUUCGACUAUCUCUCUUACAUGACCGAACCAAAAAGAGAGAAAGAACAUUAAUAAACACAAAGGAUUAGGGGGGACAAAAGGUUAAACUGAUUUAGUUCCUUUGUGUUUUUCCUUGGUGUAAGAUCUGGAAUUCACUUUUUGUUUUCGGGUUUACAGAGAUGAAGCGAGUAAGAGAUGAUGUGUAUUCUGGUUCUCAAUUUCAACGUCCAUUCAGUUCUUCUAGGGCUGAAUCCUAUGGGCAAAACCAAAUACCCGGUGGAAGUGGUGGUGCAGAAGGUGUUGGAGGAGGAGGGGAAGGUGGAGGAGUUGGAGGAGGUAUGUCACAGAAACUGACUACAAACGAUGCCUUAACGUAUCUAAAGGAAGUCAAGGAGAUGUUUCAGGAUCAAAAAGAGAAGUAUGACAUGUUCCUUGAAGUCAUGAAGGAUUUCAAGGCUCAGAGAACUGACACUGUUGGUGUCAUUGCCCGAGUGAAAGAGUUAUUCAAAGGGCAUAACAACUUGAUUUAUGGAUUUAAUACCUUCCUGCCGAAGGGCUAUGGAAUUACCCUUGAUGAGGACGAGGCUCCGAAAAAGACAGUUGAAUUUGACGAAGCAAUCAGUUUUGUAAACAAAAUAAAGAAACGUUUCCAACAUGACGAGCAUGUCUAUAAAUCAUUUCUUGAUAUAUUGAAUAUGUACCGGAAGGAGCACAAAGACAUAACUGAGGUUUAUACUGAGGUUGCUUCUCUUUUUGAGGACCACCCUGAUCUGCUCGAGGAGUUCACAAGAUUUUUACCAGAUUCUUCAGCAGCACCUAUGACACAACAAGUUCCAUAUGGUCGAAACUCAACUCAACGUUAUAAUGAGCAAAGCGCUACACCCACCUUGCGGCACACACAAAUGGAUAAGCAACGUCGGAGGGAUAGAAUUAUUACUUCCCAUGCUGAUAUGGAUCUCAGCGUUGACCGUCCUGAAUUGGAUGAUGACAAAGCAAUGAUUAAAAUGCAAAAAGAGCAUAGAAAACGCAUGGAAAAGGAUAAUAGGGAUCUGAGAAUUUGUGAUAACAAUGAUCCCGAGCAUGAAAACAAUAGGGAUCUGAGAAUUCGUGAUAACAAUGAUCCCGAACAUGGAAACAAUAGGGAUUUUAACUCGCAGCGUUUUCCCGACAAAAAGAGAUCUGGAAGGAAAGAUGAAGGAUUUUCUUCUUAUGAUGACAGGGAUACUUCAAAAAGCAUGCUCCACCAAGGUUUUAUAUUCUGCGAGAAAGUUAAGGAGAGGUUGUGCAGCUCAGACGACUACCAGGCAUUCUUAAAAUGCCUUAAUAUUUAUAGCAAUGGAAUAAUCAAACGAAACGAUUUGCAAAAUUUGGUGACUGAUUUACUUGGCAAGUACCCAGAUCUUAUGAACGAGUUCAAUCAGUUCUUGGAGCGUUGUGAGAAUACUGAUGGGCUCCUUGCCGGUGUUAUUAGUAAAAAAUCACUUAGUGUUGACAGACAUGCGUCCAGGCCAUUAGAGGAAAAAGAUAGAGAGCCAAAACGCGAAAUCAAGGGAGCUAAGGAAAAGGAGAGAUAUAAGGAGUACAUGGGAAAAUCAAUACAAGAGCUUGACCUUUCUAACUGCCAAAUUUGUACUCCAAGCUAUCGGCUUCUGCCAGAUGAUUACCCAAUACCUGUAGCAAGUCAGAGAUCCGAGCUUGGCGCUCGGGUGCUAAAUGAUUAUUGGGUAUCCGUCACUUCAGGAAGUGAGGAUUAUUCUUUUAAGCACAUGCGCCGAAAUCAGUAUGAAGAGAGCUUGUUCAGAUGUGAGGAUGAUAGGUUUGAACUGGAUAUGUUGUUAGAAUCUGUGAGCUCAACAGCCAAGCGUGCAGAGGACCUGCUGAACAGCAUUAAUGAAAAUAAAAUCAAUAUGGAUUCUCCAUUCCGCGUAGAAGAUCACUUUACUGUUCUGAAUUUGAGGUGCAUUGAGCGGUUAUAUGGUGACCAUGGUCUUGAUGUAAUGGAAAUAUUACGUAAAAAUCCUGCUCUUUCAUUACCAGUAAUAUUAACUCGCCUGAAGCAGAAGCAAGAAGAAUGGACAAAGUGCCGUCUAGAUUUCAACAUGGUUUGGGCUGAAAUUUAUUCGAAAAACCAUUACAAAUCACUUGAUCAUCGCAGCUUCUAUUUCAAGCAGCAGGAUUCAAAGAACUUGAGUGCGAAAUCUUUACUGGCUGAAAUCAAGGAGUUGAAAGAGAAGAACCAGAAAGAAGACGAUGUUCUUAUGGCUAGCAUUGCUGGUCACAGACAACCCCUUGCUCCACACCUUGAAUACGAAUAUUCGGAUCUCAGCAUUCAUGAGGACCUAUAUAAACUUAUCGAAUAUUCAUGUGAAGAGGUGUAUUCAACAAAAGAACAAUUAAAUAGAGUCAUGAGGCUCUGGACUACUUUCCUGGAGCCCAUGUUGGGUGUUCCUCCUCGACAUAAUGACAGAGAGGGUACUGAUGGUGCUGGUAAAACUCAGAAUCCUGCAUUCAACUGCACUGCUUCGAGCGUUGCUGAAUGUGAUGGAAGUCCUGGAGCUGAUGCUACUGUAAAUUUCGGGCAACCAAAGGCUACCAGUGAUAGAGACAAGAACAGUUCACCAGAAUUAACUAUUUCUUGCAGGAGUGGUUUGACAAAUGGGGAAACUUUAGCUAGAGAGCACUCGGGCCGUGUCUCUAGAGAGGAUUCAAAGCUAGAGAAAGAGAUCAAAUUUACAUCUGAUAAAAAGUCUGGAAUUCACAUGCAUGCAAAUGGAAUGGAAGCAGAAAAGAAUCACAGCAGAAACAAUUUUGAAGGGACUUCAGUUGAAUUUCAAGGGAAAGGCAUGGCUGCAUCUAGACCUAGUAGUAGUGUUGUUGAUGAGGACCGCGAAGCUACCGCUAACCCUGUACAUUCUUCGGAGGGUGUUGGUGUAACCAAACAUGCUUUGUUAGUAAAUGGAGUACCUAUAGAUGGCUCUAAUGCCAGUAAAUGUCACGAAGAAUCCGCUGGUCCCUUCAGAAUCGAAAAAGAAGAAGGUGAAUUAUCACCUACCGGUGAUUUUGAGGAGGAUAAUUUUGUUGCUUACGGUGAUACUUGUCCAAAGCUUGUGCCAAAGGCACAACAUGGUGUUCAAAGUAGACAGCACCAGUCUGGAAACGGGAAAGACUUGCAUUCUGUGGAUGCUGGUGGAGAAAAUGAUGCGGAUUUUGAUGAUGACGAUAGUGAAAAUGCCUCAGAGGCUGGCGAUAAUGCAUCGGGCAGUGAGUCUGCAGCCAAUGAAUGCUCCCGUGAAAAGCAUGAAGAGGAGGAAGAGUUCGAACAUGAUGAAGUUGAUGGUAAGGCCGAGAGUGAAGGAGAAGCUGAAGGGAUGACUGAUACACAUGUGGGAGGAGAUGGCACGUCUUUGUUGUUUUCGGAACAUUUCCUAUUUACGGUGAAGCCUCUUUCAAAGCAUGUACGGGCAGUUUUACCCGAAGACAAUAGAAACAUUUCUUGGGUUUUUUAUGCUAAUGACGAUUUCUACGUUCUUUUCAGACUUCAUCAAAUCCUAUAUGAAAGAAUACUGUCGGCAAAAACAAAUACAGCGGCUGCUGAAAUAAAGAGGAAACAUCCAAAAGACACUAGUUCUUCAGAUUUAUAUGCCAGGUUUCUGAGCGCACUUUAUAGUCUGCUUGAUGGAUCAAGCGAUAAUUCAAAGUUUGAGGAUGAAUGCCGAGCUGUAAUAGGAAAUCAGUCAUACGUGUUAUUCACAUUGGAUAAGUUGAUAUAUAAAUUGGUUAAGCAGCUUCAGGCUGUUGCAGCGGAUGAGAUGGAUAAUAAGCUUCUUCAAUUGUUUGACUAUGAAAAGUCCCGGAAACAUUGGAAGAGAAUGGAUUCAGCGUAUUAUGAGAAUGCACGUGUCCUCCUUCACGAGGAGAAUAUUUAUCGAUUGAAAUAUUCAUCUUCGCCAUCUUGUUUGUCUAUUCAGCUGAUGGACAAUGUGAUUGAAAAGCCUGAAGCAUUUGCCGUUUCCAUGGAACCGAAUUUUUCAGCUGUUUUGCAUGAUGACUUUCUGUCUGUCUAUCCCGGCAAGAAGGAGCCACAUGACAUUACUCUAAAGAGAAACAAGAAAUGCAAAUCCCAUGUUACUCGAACUUGGAUGAACAAGAGGAAAUAUGCAGGUUUAGAUGAAUUUGCUGCUACUUGCUUGGCCAUGGAAGGUGUUGAACUGGUUAAUGGUUUAGAGAACAAGUUAGCUUGCAACUCGUACAAGAUUUCUUACGUGUUGGACACCGAAGACUUCUUUUAUCGUAGAAGAAAUUCUUCACAACACAGACCAUCAUACAAUAAUCGGGACAGAAUACAACGGUUCCAUAGAUUUUUAUCGUCUUCGCAAUAAUUUAGUGUUCUUUCCUAGACCGGCACGAAAGAACACUAGACCUCUAAUGGCUUUCGUGUAGAGGAUCGAAGAAAAGAAGCAAUGUCAAGAAAUGUGGCACACAUUUGUAAGUUCAUGAGCAGGAUCUGAGCAAUUAUCCUGUAGAUACGAUUGAAAUCUGCAUAUGAUAGAUAAGGUGUAAAGGAAAAGAAAUGGUAUCAUAAUGUUUGAUUUCUCAUGAAUUUAAUUUUUCUUAGAUGAAACAAUAUGGUUUUUUUGGCUACAAAGUGUACUUAUAAGUUGUCUAAAUUAGUUUGAAUUAA